CAUGUUCAUAGUCUCCCUCCCUUACGCUGUGCUCCACGGGGGCUACUGGGCUCUCGUCGCCAUGAUCGGGAUAGCCUACAUCUGCUGCUACACCGGCAAGAUCCUGGUCGACUGCCUCUACGACCUGGACGAGAAUGGCCAGCUGGUGAGGGUGCGGUACUCUUAUAAGGGCAUCGCCAAGGAGGUGUUCGGACAGAAGUGGGGCGGGAAGAUCGUCAACACGGCUCAGCUGAUCGAGCUCCUGAUGACGUGCAUCCUGUACGUGGUCCUCUGCGGCGACCUGAUGAUCGGCAGCUUCCCCGACGGCGAUCGACGCCCGUCGUGGAUGAUGAUCUGCGGCAUCGUCCUCCUUCCGUGCAGCUUCCUCAAGAACCUGCACCACGUGUCCACGCUGUCCUUCUGGUGCAUGGUGGCCCACUUGGCCAUCAACAUCAUCAUCUUCGCGUACUGCAUCAGCAACGCGUCCACGUGGGCCUGGUCCAAGGUCAUGUUCCGCAUCGACAUGGUGGAGUUCCCCAUCGCCCUCGGCAUCAUCGUGUUCAGCUACACGUCGCACAUCUUCCUGCCGACGCUCGAGUACAACCUCAUCGACCGGUCCAAGUUCACGUGCAUGCUCAACUGGAGCCACGUCGCCGCCGCGCUCUUCAAGUCGCUCUUCGGCUACGUGGGCUUCCUGACCUGGGCCGAGGACACGGAGGAGGUCAUCACCAACAACCUGCCCAACCCGACCUUCAAGGGCUUCGUCAACCUCAUCCUGGUGGUGAAGGCGCUGCUGUCGUACCCGCUGCCCUACUACGCCGCCUGCGAGAUCAUCGAGAUCACCUUCUUCCGCGGGCGCCCCAAGACGUCCUUCCCGUCCUUCUGGGCGCUGGACGGCGAGCUCAAGGUGUGGGCCAUCGGCAUCAGGGUGGUCGUGGUCGUGUUCACCAUCAUGAUGGCCAUCUCCAUCCCGCACUUCGCCAUCCUGAUGGGGCUGAUCGGCUCCUUCACGGGCACCAUGCUGUCCUUCAUCUGGCCCUGCUACUUCCACCUCAAGAUCAAGGAGGGCAAGCUCGAGUGGGGCGACAUCGCCUACGACUGGUUCGUCAUCUUCCUCGGCUUCAUCUUCGGCAUCAUCGGCAUCACCACGUCCUUCUACGCGCUGGUGGAGGCCUUCCACAUCGGCCUGCCCUUCUAGGGGCCUCCGGAGCCGCGGGAGGCCGAGGGCGAGGGCGGACGUCGCCACGGGGACCUCCGCGCUCGGCCGGGAGGGUACGGGACGAAGGCAAGAGACGCGGACGCAGGCACAGCAGGCAGUCGAGCGCGACGGCCGCUG